CUCUAUUCUACGUUUCGAUUUCGAAUUCCGGUUCCGACGAGACGUCAACGCUAAAUUUAUCCGAUUUUUAGUAUUUUCGCUAAUUAGUUUCCAUCAAAGAAUAAAAACUACACUCAAGCAUAAAUCCUGUGAUCACAGAAAAAAGAUUGCAAUACAUAAAUUUAAUCAUGCCACGCGGUAAGUUCACGAAUCACAAGGGCCGUAACCGCAAGUUUACGAGCCCAGAAGAGCUUGAAGAACAGCGGAAACAAGAAGAACAGAAGCAGAAAUGGAGAAAAGAACAUGGCAAGGAAAGUUCAAGUGAAGAAGAGUCGGAGGAAGAAAAAUCUGGUUCCGGGAGCGAAGACGAGAGUGAUUCAGAUGAUGAUAGACCAUCCAAAGCAAAGGGUGUAUCAGGCCUCAUUGAAGUAGAAAAUCCUAACCGUGUAGUGAAGAAAAACAAGAAAUUGAACAAUUUGGACAAUUUAGGUGAAGGAGAGAAACCUCAAUUAUCAAGGCGUGAACGAGAAGAAAUAGAAAAGCAACGUGCAGCUGCGGCGUACCAGAAGUUGCACGCGGAAGGCAAGACCGAGCAAGCGCGGGCUGACCUCGCGCGACUGGCCAUCAUCCGCCAACAGCGGGAGGAGGCCGCUAAACGCAGGGAAGCUGAGAAAAAGGCUAAAGAAGAAACACCUAAGAAGAGGUAGAUAAAUGAUGUGACGAGGUGCCGUUUCGCUGUUUCGCUCAUAAUCUCAGGCUAGGUGGCUUUCCGAAUCACUCCUAUUGAACAUUGUGAUCUUUUAUCUUAUACAAAAUUUGCAUAUGGAAUUGUCAGUUCAUGUAUAAUGCAUAAUAAGUCUCCAUCUAUGAUGUUGCGAAGCUUCCCUAGCUGCGACAUACUUUUCGUUUGAAAGCCCAUUGUUUCUUCAUUUGACUGAAAGAGAGCUUGGCUCUGCCAAGUCCUGUCAUCAAAUCUUGAGUCUAAAGUUGCAAACUGAAAAUUUAGUGUGUUACGCCGUUGUGGUGGCUAUCAUGUAGUCUUGUUGUUUUUAUAUAUCUAGGUAAAUUAAAUGUUUUAUUUACAUCAUGUGAGAAGCAUUAAUUUUAAAUAAAAUAUUUUAUAAAUGUCUACAUUAUGAAUAAAAGGGAAA